GGUGAACCCCGUGACGUCAUCAGGGGGAAGAGUAUAUAAGGGGGGUGGCGGCGGGGCGGGGUCACUUGAAGCUUGUGUGUCGCGGUGUGAACAUGAAGGCGCGUGGACUCCUCUCUCUACUGGGCGUGCUGGGCGUGGCGGCGUUGGUGUCCGCCCGCAGCAGCAGCAGCAGCGGCAGAGCCAUCUCCGAGCCGUACAAGGGCACGUACAUCGGCAAACUGUCCACGCUGGAGCACAAGGUGACGGGACACGUGUACGCCCUCGACAACAUCACCAUUUACAUCGAGGGAUUCACCUACGACGGCGAGGCGCCGGACGCGUUCUUCUUCGCCGGCAACAACUCUCCGAGGCCCACCUCGCGCGGGUUCAUCAUUCCCGACGAGCAAGGGAGGACGCAGGUGUUGGGGCCCUACCAAAAUCGUAACAUCGUGCUGAAGUUCCCCGUCACCAAGAAGGGCCAGCGGUCACUCAACGACGUCAAGUGGGUCUCCGUGUGGUGCAGGAAGUUCGCGAUCGACUUCGGGCACAUCCUGAUCCCCAAGGGCAAGGUGUGGCCCGCCAGACAGGUCGCCACGGGCCUGCGCAGCGACAAACCCCUCGUGUCCUCCAGCUCCGUGACUCUGAUGGACACGAACACUAUACAGCUGAAGGACUUCACCUUUGACGGCACCGUGCAAGACGCAAUCUUCGUGAUGGGCAGCGGGGACGCCUCCAGCAGCGGCACACAGGUCCCCAACGAGCGCAGCGCCUCCUCUCCGCUCCCCAAGUACACGCGAAAGACAAUCGAACUUGUCAUCCCCGCCGAGCUCCGAGGACAACCCGUGCAGUACUUCGGCGUGUGGUCACCUACGAAGGGCAUGCUGGCCUCCGUGACCUUUGACCCUGAUGCCCUCCUGCCUCCCCCUGUGUCUGACCUGGUUUAGUUAGUGAGGUCAUGUGUGGGGUUUGAUUUUUUUUCUUUUUUCUCUUAUUUUCUGUCUGUUAAUUUGUCUGUCUUUGUUAAUCUCUCUCUCUCUCUCUCUUGGUAUAGGAAGUGACUGGCCAAUGACAAAUCAAUAUAAAUAAUAAGUAAUAAAUAUCUAUCUAUCUGUC